UUUAUAAACAUUUAUUUUAAAUAUAAAUUUUUUAUUUUACCUUUAAAGCAUCUGAGAAGUCCUGAAAGUAAAAUAUCCUUGACUUUACUUAACCCAAUGUUUGUGAAAUUCAUUUGAUCUUGGAAUCUCCUUUUCCACAUAACAGAGAAAUUUCCUGAGGAGUUUAUGCAGUAUGGGACUCACUUUAGGAAAUACUGAUUUUGUGUUUUUGAAACAAUGUGUCUGAGCCAAGACUCUGUCCAAGCAUGGAGGCUUCUUGGUGUAAAGAGUUUUGUUUCAUCCUCAGUUCUUCCUCCAUUUCCUCUUCUCUCAACACUGUUACCCAGGAAGAAAGUGGUGGGCUGAUCAUGGAAGAAUUGUAUCGCUAGGGAUGGGGAGUGGGGCUUGAGGGUCUAUCCUAGUCCUGAGAAAACUCCUACUCACCUUUCAAUACCCCAUUCCAAUUUUAACUUUUCUCAGAAGCCUUCUCUCCUUGCCCAGGAAGAAUGAGUUGGCUAUUGCCACAUGAGAAGGCCCACAGCCUCUGGUGGAAGCCUCACACUCAACAUGUGCCUCUGAACCAUAGUUAUGUGUUACAUGACUGUCUCUCCAACGAGACUGUGAAAUUCUUCAGGGUAGGCAUCAUGUGUGUGUCAUGUCAUCUCAGUAAUGCCAGACAGCACUUGAUCAGGACCAGAUUCAUUCUGCACCUUCUAGGGAUUCCUAGUGCCCAGCCAGGGGCAGAGGGAGAGCAGAGCUCUGGGUACUCUGCCGCGGAAGAGGCCGUCUCGGCUCCCGCAGCUCUGCUGGCCCCAGUGCCCUGGGAGGAGGAGUCGGGGCUCGCUCCCUCUGAUUGUCGGAUGUGUGGUUCUGGAUUGCUCUGGGGUCCCUGAGCGCAGAGGCCCAGGAGGGAGGAGAUGAUGCCUGGUGGGGCUUCUCUUGGUGCGGACGUUUGGAGAAGGGAAACAUGACUUCCGUGCUGAAGAGACGCAGAACCACAAAGGGACAAUGACGGGAAAACCCAGCUCCCAGUGCCCACUCCAACGUUUGCCUGCGCUGGCAACUUGUUUAGAGGUGAAACUUAAUCUGGGGAGAGAGCAAUUGUCUCAGAGCUCUGAAGGCUGGAGUGGGCCUUGUGCACAGAGGCCAGAGCUGGAGCCGAGAAGGCUGGUCCCGCAGCCUGGGCUCCCCCCAGGGCACGCAGCGCCCGGCAGCAGCGGUGGGAAGAGAGAGGGAGAAGCUGUGAGCCAGCGUGGCGUCUGGGGAGCUGUUGGGCAAUGGACUGCCCCACCACUCACGCCCAGGACAACAUGCAGCGAAGAAUGGGCCCUGAUUCAGGCCUGGAGCCAACAGGGGACCGCUGGGGUGUCUUAGCUUCAUGGCAUCUGGAUCAGGACCUCUCUCCCCAUUGGUGUCUGAAAAUAAAGGAUGCUGAGCCAGACUGGAGGAAGCGAGCCCUAACUGGAGGCUGCUCUUGAGCCAAUGCCCCAUCUCAAUUCCUCCUGCGUCUUAGAAGACAACAUGUGUGAGGGGAACAAGACCGCUGUGGCCAGGCCCCAACUGAUGCCCCUGGUGGUGGUCCUGAGCACCGUCUCCUUGGUCACAGUGGGCCUCAACCUGCUGGUGCUGUAUGCCGUCCGGAUCGAGCGGAAGCUACACACUGUGGGGAACCUGUACAUCGUCAGCCUCUCGGUGGCAGACCUCAUCGUGGGUGCUGUCGUCAUGCCCAUGAACAUCCUCUACCUACUCAGGUCCAGGUGGUCCCUGGGCCGGCCGCUCUGCCUCUUUUGGCUUUCCAUGGACUACGUGGCCAGCACAGCGUCCAUUUUCAGCGUCUUUAUCUUAUGCAUUGAUCGCUACCGCUCUGUCCAGCAGCCCCUCAGGUACCUGAAGUAUCGUACCAAGACCCGAGCAUCAGCCACCAUCCUGGGGGCCUGGUUCCUCUCCUUUCUGUGGGUUAUUCCCAUUCUAGGCUGGCAUCACUUCAUGUCGAAGAUUGCGAAGCGCCGAGAGGACAAGUGCGAGACAGACUUCUACGAUGUCACCUGGUUCAAGGUCAUGACUGCCAUCAUCAACUUCUACCUGCCCACCGUGCUCAUGCUCUGGUUCUAUGUCAAGAUCUACAAGGCUGUCCGGCGGCAUUGUCAGCACCGGGAGCUCAUCAAUGGAUCCCUCCCUUCCUUCUCAGAAACUAAGCUGAGGCCAGAGAAUCCCAAGGUGGGUGCCAAGAAACCAGGGAAGGCAUCUCCCUGGGAGGUUCUGAAAAGAAAGCCGGAAGAUGCUGGUGGUGGACCUGUCUUGAAGCCACCAUCCCAAGACCCCAAAGAGAUGAAAUCUCCAGUUGCCUUCAGCCGGGAUGAGGAUGGAGGAGUGGCCAAACUCCACUGCUUCCCACUUGACAUCGUGCAGAUGCAGACUGUGGCAGAGGAGAGUGUCAAGGACUACGUGGCUGUCAGCGAGAGCCAGAGCCAGCUCCAGAUGGAGGCGCAGGGCCUGAACAUGCAUCGGGCCAGCGAGAUAUCAGGGGAUCAGGUGUUAGCUGAUAGCCAGUCCUUCUCCCGGACAGACUCAGACAACCCCCCAGAGCCAGCACCCAGCAAAGGCAAAUUGAAAAGUGGAUCUAACACAGGGCUGGAUUACAUCAAGUUCACUUGGAAGAGGCUCCGCUCACAUUCGAGACAGUGUGUGUCUGGGUUGCACAUCAAUCGGGAACGGAAGGCGGCCAGACAAUUGGGUUUUAUCAUGGCAGCCUUCAUCCUUUGCUGGAUUCCUUACUUCAUCUUCUUCAUGGUCAUUGCCUUCUGUGAGAACUGCUGCAAUGAGCAUGUGCACAUGUUCACCAUCUGGCUGGGCUAUAUCAACUCCACACUGAACCCCCUCAUCUACCCCUUGUGCAAUGAGAACUUCAAGAAGACGUUCAAGAAAAUUCUGCACAUUCGCUCCUAAGGGAGGCUCUAAGGGGGUGCAACAAAGUGAUGCUUAUGAUGUCCAACGAGCAGACGGAGGACGAAGGCCUGCGUGUUGGCAGGCACCUGGGCUUUCUAGAGUCAAAACCACAGUCUUAGCGGCUGGGUAGUUUGCAAAGUUCUUUGGCACCACUGGAAGAACAGUAGAUGGUGGUGCUCAGCAGAGAGACUGAACUUUGAAUAAAAAGCAGAAUCUUUGCAAGAGAAUCAGACUUGGGUGGAGCUCUCCUUCCCCUCAGGAACUCAUUGUAAUUCAAGCUUUCAGACUCAAAUUAGUUGGCAACAGAAGGGACAUGUGGGUAGACUUCCACUGGAGAAUUAAACAGAACUCUCGAGCCUUGCUGGGAUGGAGCUAUGUGACUGUUUGGGGACCUUACACACGCAGAUAGUUUCUGUCUUGUUCCAGGGGUCACCUUGAGAGGCAUGACUGCUAUUCCGCUGUGGCUGCCCCUUCUCAGAACAUCUCUCUUCUAAGCCUCUUUUGCAGCUUUCUCCGGAACCGGUGUCUGAGCUGCUCUGGAAGUCUGCCUUGUUAUUUCUGACUCGCGCAUGUCUUGGAGCUGAUAGAGAGUCAUGCAGCUUGCGCAUUUUUAACCUCACAUUUCCUUUGGCUAUUUAAAAUAUGGUGGCAAAAGGUGUUCUCAAAAGAAAGAGAAAAGAAAUAUUUUUUAAAGCUUGUGUGUUAAAAACUAAAAGAGGGCCGGGCA